UUACCUGACAAGUCGGCUGAAUCAUUAUAUAGUAGCUGGUCGACUCUAAUUCCAACACUCGUUGAUGCUCAAAUCAAAUACUCUACACGAACACACAGCAAACCCUUCCAAAACCCCCAUGAAGUCAUAUCUGCAUGUGCCACAUCCCAAUGUACACCAAAACAGACGUCCCUGAUAUGCUUAUUCUUUGACCAU